AUGUCAUCCUUGUGGAUCAUCAACAAAGCUGGUGGUCUUGUUUUCCAGUCUGAACACUUCGAUUACCCGCAUAAGCGAAACCAAGAACCUGAGUUGACGUCCAACGAUUACCUUAUAUUGGCAGGCACAUUACACGGUAUCCAUGCCAUCACCUCCCGAAUCAUUCCUACGCCAGAUAAAUCGAGUCAAGGCUUCGAAGUUUUAGAGGCUGAUGGUCUAAUUAUAUAUGUGAAAAUGACGGAAACUGGCACUAAGCUUGUGUUACUCACAUAUCCUGCACAGACCAAUGCCGCAGGUAUUUUGCAGCGAGCGAAUGAACUGUAUGUGGAUCAUGUCAUGAAAAAUCCGUUCUAUAUUGCUGAGAUGCCAAUUCGUAUCGAGUCUUUUGACCGAGAGAUCCAUCAGCUUCUUCAUCAGCAGUAG